AUGGAUGGAAAAAAAUUGGCUGGUCUUCAGCCGUUUGAAUUGCACAAAGAAUUAUUGGACAAGUAUCUGGAAUACUGCAAAUUCAUUGAUUUAAAAAAACGUGAAAAACGUGAUUUCGAUGUUAUACAGGAAAACCAUAAGUUUGUAUGGGAAGAAGACGACGAAGCUUCCACUUGGGAGCAGAAAUUGGCUAAGAAGUAUUAUGACAAGUUGUUCAAAGAAUAUUGCAUUUGUGACUUGAGUUUAUAUAAAAAGUCUAAGGUAGCAAUGCGUUGGCAAACUGAAGGUGAAUUGGUUAGUGGUAAAGGUCAGUUCAUUUGCGGCAAUAAAAUUUGUGAUGAAACAUCACAUCUACGGACAUGGGAAGUAAAUUUUAAUUACAUGGAACACUCCGUAACGAAAAAUACUCUAGUCAAACUAAGGUUGUGUAUGGAUUGCUCCAAUAAAUUGAAUUAUAAACAUAAAAAGAAAGAAGUCAAGCGCCAAAUUUCCAAAUCGAAAAAAGAUAAAUCAAAACAUUCUAACAGAGAUCGAGAAAAAUCUGUUAGUCGGCCAACUACUAGCGUUCAGAGUGAAGUACCAGUAACUUCUAAACUAGCAGUUGAAGAUAAUGUUUGGAGUGAACAGCAACAAAUAGAUGAGGAAAAACCAAGAGAAGAUGAUUUUGAAAAUUACUUAGAACAACUGUUAUUUUAA